GUCCCCGCUUCCGAGUUUCCCCUGCUUUGGAAUUCUCUUCCAAAAAUAAGCGACAACAAACCUGAAACAGCAGCCUUGUAUCAGUUAUUAAUAUUUAUUUAUCUUCUGUUUGGGUUACUGUUUAAAUUGGCGCUUAUUUCUACAGUUAUGGAAAUUGACUGACUCGGUUUCUCCUGCUGAUCUGAUAUGGACUGUCCUCAGAUUCAUAAAAGCUCCCAUAAACCUGCCAGGAUCAUGACUUUAAAAAACGUCUGGAACAAAAAGCUCCUGGAAUAAGCAUGAAUCAUGAAUCUGUAUGGGUUUCCACAUCACCUUUUAACUCCUGUUAUUUUAAUUAUUGCAGCAUCAUGUACUUUGUACAUCAGUCUGCUGUAUUUUCAUCAAGCACCCACAAUAAGACUUCCACCAUUAACACAAUUAGUUAAUAAGUACAGUGUCUCUGUAUCUGUCCCAAAUGUGAGAGUUUACACCCAGAACAAGCCUAAAGUAAACUUCAGUAAUGUUGAUGUUCAUGCUGGAAAGGACUGUGGUAUUGCUGUGGAGAGGAGGUUUGACUGUGCUCGGGACCGAGCCCUCACUCAGUCACAGUGUGAGCAGAGGGGCUGCUGCUAUGUUCCCCUGCCCAAGUCUGUAUUCAGUGGUCCGCCCUGGUGUUUCUACCCUGUUUCUUAUCCUGGCUACAGAAUGGGACCACUUGUUCCAACUUCAAGGGGCCAGGAGGCCAACCUUACCCGCUCCACCAGUUCUUACCUUCCCCGGGACGUCCCAACACUGACACUGGAGGUGAUGGCAGAGGAGGCAGGCCGCCUGCACAUCGCACUGAAGGAUCCAUCUCAGGAUCGUUAUGAGGUUCCCUUCGUCGCAGUGCCUCCCACCACUCCCACAGACACUCAGAGCUUCCUCUAUGAUGUGGAGUUCCAGCCAGACCCUUUUGGCUUUGUUGUGCGACGUGCAUCCAAUGGCCGAGUACUGCUGAAUACCACAGUAGCCCCCCUACUGUUUGCAGACCAGUACCUGCAGCUCUCCACCACUCUGGCCUCCUCUCUCGUGUCUGGAUUUGGGGAGCACUACACUGGACUCACACUGGACCUUAACUGGACCUCUGUCACUCUGUGGAACAGAGACAUGGCUCCACACAGAGAUACAAAUCUAUAUGGAUCCCAUCCAUUUUGCUUGGUUCAGGAAGGUGAUGGUCAGGCGUAUGGGAUCUUCCUCCUCAACAGCAAUGCUAUGGAAGUGGUAUCACAGCCUGCUCCUGCACUAACCUGGGUGACCACUGGAGGGAUUAUGGACUUCUACAUCUUCUUAGGCCCUGAUCCACAGAGUGUCGCCCAGCAGUACCAUCAGGUUAUUGGAUAUCCAAUGAUGCCGCCCUAUUGGUCGUUGGGAUUCCAUCUCUGCCGCUGGGGCUACACCUCCACCAACGCUACCAGAGCUGUAGUGCAGCACAUGCACCAGGCCAACUUUCCUCUAGAUGUGCAGUGGAACGAUCUUGAUUACGCUGACAAGAGGAGAGUGUUCACCUUUGACCCGCAGAGGUUUGGAGACCUGCCUGAGAUGGUGAAAGAGUUCCACAGUGAGGGAAUGAAGUAUGUGCUCAUUUUGGACCCAGGCAUCAGCAGCACAAGCCCCCCAGGUUCAUACAAACCCUUUGACGAGGGAGAGCGGAGGGGGGUGUUCAUCAGAAACCUCACAGGACAGACUCUCAUCGGGAAGGUGUGGCCGGGUCCAACCGCAUUCCCAGACUUCACUAACCCAGACGCAGUGAGCUGGUGGGAGGAGUGCAUUGCUGACUUUUAUGCCAAGGUGCCAGUGGACGGCCUGUGGAUUGAUAUGAAUGAGCCUGCUAAUUUUGUUCAAGGCUCGCUGCUCGGAUGCCCAGACACUGACCUGGAGAACCCUUUUUAUGUUCCAGAUAUGAUCGGAGGUCAGUUAAAUGCAGGUACCCUGUGCAUGUCCAGCCAGCAGUCCCUGUCUGCUCACUACAACCUGCACAACCUGUACGGGCUAACUGAGGCCAUGGCCACCCACAGUGCUUUGCUGAAAGCGAGGGGUUCCCGUCCCUUUGUGUUGUCCCGGUCCUCCUUCCCUGGACUGGGUCGCUACUCAGGUCACUGGACUGGUGAUGUGCACAGUGACUGGGAGCAGCUGCGAUACUCCAUACCUGCUGUGCUGCUGUUCGGUCUGUAUGGGGUUCCUCUGGUGGGGGCGGAUAUUUGUGGUUUUGAAGGAGACACCAGUGAGGAGCUGUGCGUGCGCUGGACCCAGCUAGGAGCUUUCUACCCGUUCAUGAGGAACCACAAUGACCGAUCCAAUGCUCCCCAAGAGCCGUAUGUGUUCGGACAGCAGGCCCAGGCAGCUAUGAGGAGUGUGAUGAUGCUCAGAUACUCUCUGCUGCCCUUCCUCUACACUCUGUUCCACCAGGCUCAAACCUCAGCCAGCACUGUGGCCAGACCCCUGUUUCUAGAAUUUCCAUUUGAUCCAAACUGCCAGACCAUAGACCAGCAGUUCCUAUGGGGGAGUUCUCUCCUCAUCAGUCCUGUUCUGGAGCAGGGAGCAGUGGAGCUGACAGCUUACCUCCCCCCAGGGAUGUGGUACAGUCUGUAUGAUGGACAGCCUUACAACAGCAGGGGGCAGUACCUGCUGCUUUCUGCCCCACUAGAUACCAUCAACGUCCAUGUGAGAGGGGGGCGCAUUAUUCCACAGCAGAUGCCUGCUUUAACAACCACAGCCUCACGCAGUAACCCUUUCCUCCUGACGGUGGCGCUGUCCUCAGACGGCUGGGCAGUAGGGGAGCUGUUCUGGGAUGAUGGAGAGAGUCUGGGCACUUUUGAGCGUGGAGAUUACUCCUUUAUUAUCUUCACUGCAGAACAGUCUCAGCUGGUGAGUGAGCCAGGAAAAGUGAAUGGAGCUCUGGAUGGUUUAGUUUUGGGAGAGAUAAGAGUGUUUGGGGUUCUAACCCCACCUUCAGGUGUGUGGGCUAACGGCAAGGAAGUGCAGGAUUACUCAUACUGCACUGGCACCAAGGUUCUUACGGUGUCCAGUCUCAGCCUGCUAAUGUCAGAGACGUUUAAAGUGCAGUGGAGUUCAUGACAACAUGAGCCUAACUUUGCUGUUUAAAAUACUUCAUCAUAUAUCAGCAUUUCAAUUACACAACACACAUCAACAACAUUCUCAGUAAAUGUUUCAAUUCCUGUGUUUGGAUUGUUAUUUGAAUAAAGUAUUUUUUUUUAU